UCACCAGUUUGAGCUAUCGUUAACAUAAGGCCUAAUCCUGCAUUCUUUAUGUAAGCCUCUCAGUUACACAUGUGCAAUCCUACUGACUUCAUCACACGCAGGCCAGGGAAGAAUUUGGCCCUAGAGCCAUAACCUAAACAAUGACUCAGUUCCUAUCCAGUUCCUCUGCUCAGCUAGGUAAGGUUUCAAACUGAUGCAGUCAUCUCACCGAACAGGCCCAAGAGAAAAAGACCAUCUAACCGAAUGAAAUCAGCCUGCAUUGUCUUCCCAUUCUCGAGCUGUAAAGAGAUGUGAGUGUGCAUGGCCUAGACCCCGGCAACCUGUACAGCAACUUUCCUUUGAUAUUUUAUCUACAUGGGAUUACAUUUAGUAAGAGUAACAUCGCAUAAAAGCAGAAUUUGUUCUUUCUUCUGAAUAUUGCUGACUGUUGAAACGUUUCUAGUGCUAAACCUUCAGUAUUACUGUUCCCAGUAUGCUUCAUACCAUAUUUAACAUGGCUCUUCAAUCCUGACGUUCUACAUUUUAAACCUCUGAACGAUUUUCUUCUUAGCUAGAUCUCUCUUUUGUUGUGAAAUUCUGCUCUGGGAUAUAAAGAUUUAGUAACACGCAUUCUCGACUCACAAUAGCAGCAUAAAAUGUCCCAGGUACUCACAAUUCCAGUGCAAAAUAUGCAGCAUCCCUCACAUCAGCAGCACAAAAUGUACUGAGAUUAUCUUCAAACAAAGGAAUCUGAAAAAAACCCCAAACCUAUUGUCCCUUCUCUCGCAGGCACCCCUCACCACUUUGACAUUUUUAGGCUUGAAAAAGGACACCUGUGUCCAAAGCCCUCUUUCCUACUCCCCUUUCGGGAGGUGGACACACUUGAUGCCCAAGGAGCUUCUUCCCCAGUCAUUUCAAGUCAAAUCCCUUUAGGUCCCUUCUACAUUGAGAGUUGAACUGAGUUAGCCUAAUUGCUGUUCUAAACCAGUUCAGAGUUAUGCAGUUUAAACAGACUUAGCGCCGAUCACGAUUUAAGACUAAGGUUGGUCUACAGUAGUAGCAUAUAUUAAUGUUCAUACAGUGCCAUGAAUGAUGGUUCUUUGAGACAAAACAGUGGUCCCUUCUCCAAGGAUCUUACACAGUUUAGGCUGUAAUAGGCUCAGAAUGGGUUUGCAAGUAUGAUUUGCCUUCCAAUAACUGUAUGUUUUCCGGUACCCAUGUCUAGGUGGGAAGGGUUUUCAGUAUUGCUGGAGGAGGCCCAGCUCUGGAGCGGGACAGUGGGAGGUUGAGAGGUCUCUUUCAACACAGGUAGUGAGAGGCUGAGAAUCUCAUGCACAUUUCCCUCCUGGCAACACAGACCACAACCACUAGGGCAUAGGUGAGAUCGCUCCCCUGUGAUCUGUGAAAUCCACCUGGAGAGCUACCAGAGACAGGCUGAAGGCACCUGCUGGUUAGCCUCCCAUCUGAAGGACUCCUACAAGCAGAAUACAGCAAGUAAUUUAAAUCCCGCUGCCUAAGACUAACCAGUUCUGUUUCCCCCGCAUGUUCACAGGCAUGACAAUGAACUUUAAAAGGUAUUUCAUUAGAGUGCUGCACCGUCUCCAGAAGGGGCCGGGAUACACAUACAAAGAGCUGCUGGUCUGGUACUGCGAUAACACCAACACGCAUGGGCCCAAGCGCAUCAUCCGAGAGGGGCCAAAGAAAAAAGUCAUCUGGUUUUUCCUGACUCUGCUCUUCGCAUCUCUCGUCUUCUGGCAAUGGGGGAUCCUCAUUGACACAUACCUCUCCUACAGUGUCAGUUCAUCUCUGUCUAUAGGGUUUAAGACCAUGAAGUUCCCAGCAGUCACAGUCUGCAAUGCCAGCCCCUACAAAUACUCCAAGGUCAGGCAUCUGUUGAAAGAGUUGGAUGAGCUCACUGAGGCAGCCCUGGAAAGGAUCCUGCAGUCCAAGCACGGGGCCACAAUCUCAGCUCCCCCACUAAACUCCAGCGAGACUGUUUCUCAGCAGUUAGACCUGAAGCUCUGGAACCAAAUCCCCUUGGUUCUGAUUGAUGAGAGUGACCCAGACCAUCCCGUCAUUAUCGAUCUCUUUGAGACCGACCAAAGCGGUUCAGGAACCCGACCCAACAACUCCUCUCCCGCCCUGUCCAACGUGACGUCAGAAGUGAAGAAACACAAAGUGGCAGUGAAGCUGUGCCACCACAAGGACAUCCCCCAGUGCAUGUACUGGAACUUCACCAGCGCAGCCCAAGCGGUGACAGAAUGGUACAUUCUACAGUCCACUAGCAUCCUCUCUAAAGUCCCGCUGCAAGAGAGGAUCAGGAUGGGCUACCAGCCAGAGGACAUGAUCCUAGCAUGUCUGUACGGGGCAGAGCCCUGCAGCUACAGAAAUUUCACCCAGAUCUACCAUCCUGACCAUGGCAACUGCUACAUCUUUAACUGGGGAAUGGAUGAGGAAGCCCUGAUUUCUUCCAACCCGGGAGCAGAGUUUGGGCUGAAGUUAAUUCUGGACAUCAGCCAACAAGACUACAUUCCCUACCUCACAUCUACCGCUGGGGCCAGGCUUAUGCUGCAUGAGCAGAAGAGUUUCCCGUUUCUUAAAGACCAGGGCAUCUAUGCCAUGUCUGGGACAGAAACCUCUAUCGGCGUAUUAGUGGAUGAACUUGAGCGGAUGGGUUAUCCCUACAGCGACUGCACGAUGAAUGGGUCAGAUGUCCCUGUAAAAAAUCUUUAUAACGAAUAUAACACCUCCUACUCCAUACAGGCUUGUCUGCGCUCCUGUUUCCAAGCUCAGAUGUUUGAAAAUUGUGGGUGUGGUCACUAUCUGUUCCCUUUACCUGAAGGGGUAAAUUAUUGCAACAAUGAAGAUGAUCCAGACUGGGCAUAUUGCUAUUCUUCACUGAGAUCAAGUAUAAGACACAGGCAGUUUUGUAUUGACUCUUGUAAGGAAACAUGCAAUGACACUCAGUACAAGAUGACCAUAUCGAUGGCAGACUGGCCGUCUGAAGCUUCCGAGGACUGGAUUUUCCAUAUUUUGUCCUAUGAAAGAGAUCUGUCAACAAAUGUGACUCUGGACAGAAAUGGGAUCAUCAAGCUAAAUAUUUACUUCCAAGAGUAUAACUACAGAACCAUCUCGGAAUCUGCGGCUACAACCAUUGUGUGGCUCCUGUCAAGCUUGGGAGGCCAGUUUGGGUUCUGGAUGGGGGGCUCGGUGCUGUGCCUCAUUGAAUUUGGAGAAAUCAUCAUUGACUUUCUGUGGAUCACCAUAAUUAACAUCAUCAGCUGGUGCAAAGGCCUGAAGCAGAAACGAGCCCGGGCCCAGUACCCAGACACACCUCCGACAGUGUCAGAGCUGGUGGAAGCUCACACCAAUCUUGGGUUCCAACAUGAGGACACCAACAUCACCCCCUGUGAUGAAGUUCCUCCCCCUGGAGCACUCCCACCCGAGCCAGGCACCCCACCACCCAACUACGACUCCCUGCGGGUAGACCCACGGGCUGGCAUUGACUCGGACAGCGAUGCAGAGGCCAGUUAAGAAGCACAGAAUAUUGCACUGCACUUGGCCACCUGACCCUUGUAAUUGACUCGGCACUGGGCUUUGUUUGUUAGGAGAGCGGCCGGGGCUAAAAAGGCCACAAAGCUCAUUUAAAAGAAAUUCCACCGAUAAAGCAUGGGGGGGGGGCCGGCAUUGACUUUACUGUAUAACGUGUGCGUAAUUCAAUACUGCAAUCUAUUCCAGUCUAAGACAUACUAGGGAUUUUUUUCAGCAAGUUCCUCCCCCACGCACACUUGUAUCUAGAAGGUGCUUCUUUGCAUGCUGUUUCUGUGAUCAGUAGCUUCUCAUGGAAUGACGGUGAUAAACGAAUCGUACUACUAGGUAUACAAGUACGCUACCAGAAUAAAGGCUGUUGCAAUGA